CUCCUAGUGUGCUCCGAAGGCUUUUUGGGCUAGGAUCGAAAGUAAACGACGGUCGACGGUCGAAUGGGGAGCGAAAUUUUCACACCAACCGUGCAGAGCUAUUCGGGGGUCGCGUUUUCAAUCCGCCUGUGCUAGUUUAUCCCCGUUGCCGCCAGUACGCGAAAAUGCUGGACAGGCGAUGCGUGUAAACCUUCCAAGCACUGUGGGAAAGUGUGUGUUAUUACAUAAAAUAAGCGAAGGACGGCCAAGGUGCGUUCGUGCGUGCGUGCGUAACGGUGGUCACUUUUCCUACAAGAACAGGGCGCAAUUUGCCCGUGUGGAAAAGAACUAGAACAAGACGUAGAAGAAGGUGCGUACGCGUAGGUAAGCCGGAGCCGCAUUCGGCCAUCGCAAACAGCCGUGCGCUUAUGAGUGUGUGCAGUGUGCAGAGGCAGAACGUGCGCUGGUGAUCGUGUUCUUCCACCCUCCCCGGGAGAACGGCCAGGCAGGGGUGGAACCAAGGCAGGGGUGCGAAAGCUCGGGUGUUUUGUGAAAUAGUUUGUGCCGUGUUUUUGUGUGUGAUUCCAAAGAUAUAUAGUAAAGAGAGAAGGUGAAGAAAUCAGGAAUUAAUCAACAAGAAGAAAUUUGUGGGCGCAUUCGAAACCGGGAAAAACCAGCCACCAAAAUGCAGCCCCCACCACGCAAAGGCAAUUACACAAAGUUUCUGAAGAAUCUCCACACGGAGCAGUUGGCGAAGCUAGCGCUCAAGAACCAGAACGAGUGCGAGCUGCUGGAGGACAUCCGACAGUUUACGCUGAAGCGGUCCGCCAUCGAGAAAUCGUACAGCGAGGCACUGCUGAAGAUAUCGUCCGCGUACCUGAACAAGAAGCAGGCAUGCAUCCCGGAGAUCAAGAUGGACGGUGCGGAUGAGAAAUGGAAUAUGUGGAGCGUAUGGCAAACGGUACUGGAGGAGAACGAAAAGCUAGCCCGAGCCCGUCUUGCCGCGGUCGAGGUGUUUCAGCAGCAGAUUGCCGACGAAGCGAAAGUGCUGCGCAGCACCAAGCUGAACAGUAGCAAACGCUGCAUCGAGAACCUCGGCGUGGUGCAGAAGGAGCUACAGAACUCCGUGACCGACGUGGACAAGACGAAGAAAAUCUACUUCGACGAGGAGCACAGUGCCCACGAUGUGCGGGACAAGGCACGCGAUAUCGAGGAGAAGCUCAAGAAGAAGAAGGGCUCCUUCUUCCAGUCGAUCACCUCGCUGCAGAAAAACAGUGCCCGGGUAACGUCGCGCAAGGAGCAGCUGGAGGAGAAAUCGACCGGUGCCCGGAACGAUUACAUUCUAAGUCUGGCGGCGGCCAAUGCGCACCAGAAUCGCUACUUCACCAUCGACCUGCAGACCACGAUGGCCACGAUGGAGAACUACGUGUACGAGCGGGUAGCCGACUAUCUGGCCCUGAUCGGCCGUACCGAGCUGUUGACCUGCUCGGCGACGCAGAACUCGUUCGGCAAGAUCCGUGACCAGGCGCAGCAGCUGACGCGCGAAUACAAUCUGCAGUGCUGCUAUCUGUACUAUCCGGUGCUGAAGCAACACAUCCAGUACGAGUUUGAGCCGUGCGAUAAUGAUCCGGUGCGCAAGAUUACGGCUGACCAUGAAUCGGCUGCGGAAACGCUAAGCCGGGAGGGUAAACGAUGGGCAGGUCGGGUUGCGCGGGAAAGUAACGUUAUAAGGGAAUGUGCUCGUAAGCUGGCAGUAUGUACGGCGCUGCGAGAAGCGGGUCAUCGAAACGAUCCAAACGAUCAGAACGGGCCGGACCUCGAGACAAAGAUUGAAGAGUUCCGCGAAAACAUCCGCAAGUCGGAAAUUGCGAAGGCGAAGGCAGAGGCACGAUUGGAGUGUUUGCGAAUCGGGGGCAUCAAUGUGGACGAGUGGAUACAGGAGGCGGAAACGCUCAGUGUGCAGGAGAUGCCACGGUCGGCCAGUUCGCUCUCGAUGCGUACGGAUGCGUCGGGACAAGGGGAAAACCCAAGCUCGGACUCGUUCUACGACAGUGACAAUGCCGAACAGGAUCAACCGGUGUCGGAAUCAUCGCCGGCACCGAAACAACCGGAACCUCCAAUGGACGAGUUUACGGCAGACAGCGACGAGGAUGAGGAGUUUGGCGUUGAGCAGGAGCGACAGAAGAUUGAACAGAUUUCACACGGCUGGGACGAUCCGACCCAGGUCGACUGGGGAGCCGAGGAAGCUGCGGCUGCAGCAGCAGCCAGCAGUAGCGCUGCCGCCGAAGCUGCCGUAGCAGCAGCAGCCGCAGCUGCCUCAGCACAACCACGCGAACCAGCGGGACAAACGUUCAAGUGUACCGCCCUCUACUCGUACACCGCUCAGAACCCGGACGAGCUGACGAUCGUGGAAAGUGAGCAGCUCGAGGUGGUCGGCGAAGGGGAUGGUGAUGGGUGGUUACGGGCCAGGAACUAUCGAGGCGAGGAAGGCUUCGUGCCACACAACUAUCUCGACGUGGAGCGUGACACACCGGUCGAUACGCACACGCCCGCCCAGCUGUCAUCGCAGAUAUCGUUCUCCUCGGUGGACUACACGGUCGACAAUGAGGAUCAGGAUCAGAUGCAGGAUUCGGGUCAAUCGCCGGACCAGAUUUCGGUCAUAUCGGCACCGCGCAAGGUCAACAAUCAGCUGUACUGUGUGGCACUGUACGACUACGACGCUACGGCCGAGGAUGAGCUGACGUUCGAGGAAGGACAGAUCAUUAAACUCAUCACCAAAAGUCCACACGGUGUGGACGAUGGUUGGUGGGAAGGUGAGCUGAUGGGCAAGAUCGGUAACUUCCCAUCGCUGGUUGUGGAGGAGUGCGACGAGAACGGGGAACCGCUGACCGAUGCGGAGGACGAAUCACCGCCACCGUCAGCACCGCCAACGUUCGCGGCACCAGCCCCACCACCGCCGAUGAUUCUCCAUGAAGCGACACCUCCGGAAGGUCAAAGUCCAAAUUUGACCAAUGCUGGACCAGCAAUAGACAAGUUUGAGUUUGAGUUAAACAACGACCAACAUGAGCAGUAUGGAACGCAGUUUUCGGCACCACCACCAUCACAGCCUCCACCGGUUGUUAUCUGUGAGGAUCCUGAGGGCGAAGAGGCCGCUACUAUGGAAGAGGAAUCUCGACAAGGGGCUACCGCAACAGCGCCGGCAGCACCAGCACCACCAGCUACUGCUAGUGGCGACGAUAGCAACCAGCUCAACUUUGCCCAAAUCAUCGUAACGGCCGCCACACCGAUGCACGAAGAACCGGACAAGAAGUUCCCGCCGGCGGAAGCACCAACGACCACCGCCACCGACGACGAACCGUCCGAGAUCGUGGAAAAGCAGGAGCGGGAAACGCAGGAGAUAAGCAGCAAGCAGAAAUCUCAGGACGCCGAGGUGCCAAAGCCACCGACGCCACCAUCGCAGCAGCCGACCAAACCCAAAACCGCACCGCCUCCGAAACCGGCCAAACCACCGUCACCCCCGAAGCCGGAAAAGCCGGCCACCGCACCGAAACCCACCAACGUGGUGGCGAAAACUGUGACCGCCAAAAAGCCUGAACGAGUGCGGCAGGGUGCCACGGUGCCGGAACCGGACCCGGAACCCGAACCGGACCACGGUGAGGCGACACCGAUCGAGGAUCCGGUAGCACCGUUCGAGGCGAACUUUGAGGCAAACUUUGAGGCAGGUUUCGCGGCCAACUUUGACGAUGCGUUCGGGCAGAGCAGUCAGCCGGAGGUGCCGAAGCAGGUGGUAGGCGGCCGGGCCAGCAUACCGGAAGAGCUGGAACCGGAUCAGCUGGCCCGGCUGCAGAAUCUGAAGGAAUCGAACGCAUAAUGCGGACCAGCUGGUGGAUUGGUGCGGAUCGGUUAGCGGAAGCGUGAAGGGCAAAGGGACUCACCGCCAGAGGGCAGCACCGGCUUCGUGCACGUCAGUGGAGGAGGAUAAAGAAAAUCAAAAACACACAAUCUGCUGCAACAAUCAUCGUACGGUGUAGGGUAUAGGGAAGAAAGGUGUGUGUGUGCGUGUGUUCGUUCCUUUCCGUUUGCUUGUCACGUUCAUCACAUCCUUCCAUUGGUGUCCGAUCGGUCGGUCGAUUCGAUUGAUUGAGGGUUUUUGUGAUCGGUUCUCGUUGUAAUCAUUCAUUGUCGUUGUUGUCGUCGUGAUAUGUAUACAAAUGUAAGCAGAACGUCCAGAGCGGGGAAGUGCACGUUAAGUAUUAAGGAAGCUAACCUAACACGUUCGUGUUCUCUCCCUUGCUACUCUAGCCAAACUGUACGCGUGUCUUCGGCUGGGAAGCUUCCCUUUCGGCGUUGAGUAGUAGCUGGAGUUUUGCAUUUGUGAUAAUAAUGCGUUUGAUGUGGUCUGUCUCGCGUUCCUCACAGUGGGACCGGUAUGACCAAACUCGACCAAUUUAGUAAUAUUCUUCUAAUAGGACUUGUUUUGGUUCCGUCAGAAGGCUCAACUGUCAUCAUUGACUCAUUGCAGGGUAUUGAUACUUAUAGAGCAACUUUUGAACCACUCAGGGGAAUGUUUCAAAUGAAUAGGGGAAUAUUGCGAUGGAACAUUGCGAUGCAGUUUGAAGUGGAUUAAGAAAGUGAUUUACUAACUGAAUGCUACACUCCAUGGAAUGAUAGCAACUGUCCCCAACGAGAAUUGCAAUACUUCACUAUCCAGUUGUAACAUUCCACUGAGUGAUUCAAACCUUCCGUUAUAGGAAUCAAACCCCUGUAACGUUUUGCUCUUGUUUUUGCAACAUAUCAUAGUGGAGGCCCUCGGUUUUGGUUUACGUACUCUACUGGCACUCUCACAUCAGCGUCUCUCUACUGCACUGUACCAAUCACAGGAUGUUGUCCCGCUAAAACCUUCUCCCUCUCCCUAGCACGAUCGAAGUCGGCCCGUAAUGUCGGCAAGGAAAGUCGGAAGCAAAUAGAAUAGAAGUGAACACUCAUGAGCCUAAUGCCUAAACAGUAUAUCGCGUUACCUUAUCUACUCUAACUAUUAGGAGUUUUGUUAACAUCCUAGAGAACACAACCUUGAAUGCCUGGAUUAUGGAAUAUGCGUUUUGUGGUUCUAUUAGCCGCGAUGCUUUUCGCGAGUCGGAAACCGGAUAGAGGUAAGAUGCUGAGUGUAGCGUAAAAGAAAACUGUGUAAGAUUUUUGGAAGAAAAAGCUAAACCCCCUUCUUCUCUUAGUUCUGCCGCUGCUCGACUGCAGACUGCUCUAUACUCAUUAGACAAUUUCGCUGGCGUAAAGCAAAAAAAACCCGACCGGCGGCUCAUUAUACCUAUACCUAGCUAAAACGAAAUGAUGAUCGUGGAAAAGCGAUCCGCUAAGCCAUAAUUGCAUUUACCGAACGUACAAUAAUUACUCACGCGAGGUCGUACCACUUACAUCUUAACCUAUAGUGCCGUGUGGUUUCCGUGGUUUUUUUUUGUUCGCACUUAGAUAACCGAAAUGUUGCGCUCUGCUUCGAUGUGUUCCGUUUUUUCCACAAAUCAGCUGUUCGAUCAAACCGAUGUGCGUUAUGCAAAUCAACAGUACAGUUCGUUCUAGUUGCACUGUGUAACAGUAAUAAUUAUAUCUAGCAAAAGAAAUGGUAGGCUUUCGCUCACGAGACACGAGCAACCCAAUCACGUAUCACUUAUAAACUGCGCUGCAGCAAACAGCCAUGAAGGAACGAUUAGCAAUUAGCUGGAUAUAAUGAAGGAAAACUGCGAAGUAAAAAAAGCCUUUCAGAAGUUACAAAAAAGAAAAUCCAACUAUAAUUUAAUGAAAAUCGAAUGGGCCAAACCCCUCUCCGCCCCCCUGAAUCAUCCUCUACUACUCAGCCACAAAUUACUCGAUUACAGCUUCAAGUAUCUGCGUUGUAGUAGUGACCACUUUCGCUUGUCUCGUUAGAUCUUUAGCGAUGGGGAUUGAAGCGUUCGUCCCGUGUUCUGCAUCAGCGAAUGUGUAAGAUAAGUCAUAUAUAACUCACCGGAAGAAACCCAAAUUUAGCUCUUAGUGAAUUAGGUCAAGCGUGCGUCAUAUCUUCGAUCGAUUGGAGGAGAUUCGUAUCGAUCGUCUGUUUUGUUCGCGUUCCGUUUUGCCUCUGGAAUACUAACGCCAAAGGAUCAAAGCUUCUUGGCCAUUAAUUUUAUUGUUUCGAAAAAGACGACCGCAAUGAAUUGCAAAUGAACGAUUUGACAGCACCACAGCUGCUCUGUACAUUGCUUUAAAGUUGGAAGACAAAUGUUCCCUUCAAAACCGGGCCGGGACAUUGGUCAGUGCAAUUGGGCGGAAUCCUCUCGAAACGUAAACUUAAUAACUCGCAAGCAGGCAAGCAAAAAAAAAACAAAACAAAACAAACGCAUUCCACAAAAUCUCAAAACAAUUAUAAAUAUAUAUACAUAUACAUAAUUAUACAUAUGCGUAUGGGCAAUACAUAAAGCUAUAUACAUUACCACACGACUCGUAUUCGCAACUUACCUGUGACCUGUGGAACGCGCAACAAACAAACAAACGAAUACAGCAAAACGUACGUACUUAGAUUGAAAACAAUCACACUCACACACACAUACGAAAACAUCACAAAACACUCACACAAUUACCCGUUCUUCUGUUUGUUCUUCUUGGUGGUAGUAAGAUCGCCGUUACUUAGGAAACAGUUUAAAUUGCACGUGCCCGUAACGACUUCGGAAGCGUGCCAUUGUGCAAACAACAACAACAAACAAACAAGAAACUCCCCAUUAUGUACAUCCAUGUAGCAAUAAUAUAAUAAGUAGAUAAUGUGUGUUUUAUUGCCGAAGUUUUACUCCACCCGACUCCGGAACGGCUGAUCGCGCCUUGUUCAGACCCCCUGUUCGCUCCUAAACGUUGGAAAAGCGUGCGCGAAAAGCGAAUACAAGAGUAGCGAGCGAGAUCGAAAAUUGAACCCAAAAGGAAAAACAAACUAAACCAACUAGGUGGGCAACACAAACCCCAUUUCUAGCGUUACGUUCUGUUUUUGCGUAUAAAGGAAGCAAUUUACUAAGGACCGCUGACGCCCGCUGAUGAACCCGAUGCUGGCGAUGUUUUAGUGCAAAUGAAACCGGUUAAGUUUACUAAUCCCUGUGUUGACUAUUCCUCUAAUUGCGAUUAUGGUUGUACUUAAUUCUAUCAGUCAAAUAAAUCUAUGAGAAUGCUAAACGGAA